AUGCAGAGCUCCGAUAUCAAGGACACUGAGGACUAUGAGAUGUUCUUCACUUUGAAGGACGUUCAGAAGGCUGUGGACAAGGCUGUUGCGGCGGUCAUCGCAGAGACCAAGAGCGAGGCCAUGAAGAAGGCCGCUAUGAAGAAGGCCGACCUCAACAAUCAGACCAUAAACCUCAAAGACUCGCACCAGGCCUACAAGGCCAAACUUUUCAAGCACAACAAGGAUCUUGGGAUCCGUGUUGUCCACAGCAACUGUUUAGCCCGCCAGCUCGAGGUGCGACUCACUGCUGCCAAGGUGUGCAUGAAGGCCCUGCAGGAUCAAUUGGAUGCUACUCAGCGGGAGCUACGCAUCACCCAAGAAGGUCUCGUCGACGCCGGACGUAGAGGUUUCUUACGUUUAUGUGUUGGAAGUCAUUCGGAAUGA